AUGAUUUUGUUUGCAGCUUUUCGCAGUGAAAGAUUGAGAUCUACUAUUGUUAUCCCAGAAUUGGUAAAAAUAGUUUUUGAGCAAAUUUCACUCAUGAACAAGAAAGACCUUUUCCAUUUCUUCUUCAAUUCGAAUUUUCCAAUAACUGCGGCAAAAACAGGUGCAACUGAAAUUUUAAGAAUGUGUAUUUCAACUUAUCCGGAUCAGCUUUGGUUUCCUCGCGAAGGGAGAAACAUACUUCAGUUAGCGAUCGAAAACAGACAAGAAAAAACCUUCAGUUACUUAUACGGUCACAUGAACGCAGAUGAGAAGAUUUUAACUACUCGCAUAGUAGAUCCAAACGGCGGUAAUAUUCUACAUGUUGCUGCAAAAAUUGUGCCUUCUUUCCGAGUAAACAGUAGCCCUGUUUUUCAAAUGCAAACGGAGAUUGAUUGGUUUAAGAAAGUGGCAAGGAGGGUACCGCCUGAAAAAAUGACAAAUGAUCAAGGAGAAACUCCUAUAGAAGUUUUCACUCGAGAGCACAAGGAUUUAGUGAAAAAAGCAGAGGCAUACACGAUACGUACAGCCGAAUCUUGUCUAAUAGUGGCCGCUCUGGUAGCCACAGUUACUUUUGCCGCAGCAUUCACAGUACCGGGUGGAAAUUACAGUGACGAUGAUGCAACUAACAAAGGAAAGCCAAUAUUCUUGGGGAAGAAGUCAUUCCUUUUAUUCAUGGUGGUAGAUGCUCUAGCUCCCUUUUCUUCAACUUUCUCAAUUCAAGUCUUCUUAACCCUCUUCCUUGGGGGUUAUGCAGAAGCACAUUUUGACUACUUGGUGCCGCAGAAGCUGGAGAUCGGUCUUUUCUCUCUAAGAAUAUCAAAAUUAGAAUUUGGAGAAACCCCGGGUGUUUCUCCUUUCCCUCUCUCCUCUAAGCAAUUUCCGGCGAGAAGUAGUGGACAUUCUGGAGAGCUCCGGUAA